AUGGCGCGCGGGUGUGAAGGCAUUUGUGGGCAGUUCCACAACCGCGUGUGCAGCUCCGGCGAGCCGGCCAGUCCCGCUCUGGCCCCGCCGGGGAGGAGCCUGGGGCGGGGAGAGCCGGGGCCCGCCCCUCCUACCCCCCGCCCCGAGGGCGGCGGAGGCGAGACCUUCCGCGCGGACCGUAAACACUUCGCGAGCGCAGCCGCGUGGCUCCGCGUCCGCCCCGCCCGCCCCCCCUGCCCGGCCCCGGCCCCGGCCCCGGCGGCGGCCCAGCCCCGCGGCUGCAGACGUGCAGCGCGCGCCGUCCCCGCGGGGCCGAAGUCCACUCGCCCCAGGGCGGCGCCUCCCGUGCGCUUGGCUCACCGGGGAGGACACCUGGGCGUGGGCCUCCGCGUGGCCCCGGCGAGACCAGCCGGCCCCUCCUCCCGUGGCCCCGAGCACCGCAGCUCCGCGAGCGCGGGCUCUUGCCGGCCCCCGUGGCGUCGCCCGCGCCUGGCCGGGCACCGGCACGCGCGGAGGAAGGUCACUAGGUGCGCGCGGCGGGAAGGCGGACGCCGCCACGGGGAGCAACUUCCUAGACCGAUUACUCUCAGGGGGAAGAAGUGGCUCCGUGUCUGCAGCUGCACCUGCAUCUUUGAAGAAGGAGAAGGGGCCGCUCUGUCCGGGUCGGGGCCCGUCUCCCCCACGUGGCACCUGCUUUGCUCCCAGGAGAGACCUCGCAGCAGACCGCGCCUAGGGAGUGACGGCCAGGCUCACCAUGACGUUUUCCAAGACCACCGACUCACCAAGACCCCAGGCUCGGGGCCUCUGCUCCUGGCUGCCCGGGAAGACACGAGCUCCGGGCCACCGUCCUCGAUGAACACCCGGGCCCCAAGCGAAGGAGGACCGGGGAUCUGCGCAGAAAAGCCGGGGAAGCGCAGAGGGGAGCUUUUCCGCAUCUGCGGCCUCGGGCCCGCCCCCAGCUCCGGGCUUAUGGUGAAUGUGAGGCUGCGGUUUAAUGCCCACGUUGCGGCCACCUCGGAACCCCUUACAAUUGUGUCGCGUUUUAUGAUCUUCCACUGUGUGCAGCUGCGUGUUUUAUCACGUGCUAUUUCAUCUUUAUAGACUUCCCCACGUUGUGAGGUAGGCGAAGGCAAGAACGGGGCCCCCGCUGAGCAGGGCAGGAAGGGGCGGCGCAGAGCUCACGCGGCGCCCCUACCCGCGUGCGGCCUCGGCCCGGGCUGCCUUGUUCCUCCCGCACUUUGCCGCCGCCCGUCCUGGGAGUGAAGGAAGGGCCUCGGCACAAAGUGCCGGUUUGCUGUGGGCAAAUGGAGGGAAUGUAGGAAAGUGGACGGAAGGGGGUGGAGAGGGCGCGGGGCGGGGGUGGGAGGAGAGGGACAGGGAGGGAAGGGGUCCGAGAAGGGAGCCCGGGGGCUUGUGGGACAGGCUGAGGAGGUGCGGCCCUCCGGGCCCUGGCGGCCCCGCAGCUGCUGGGUGUCCUGCUGCAGCUCACCUCCGCGCCACCGGACACUGACAGAGGCCGGCUUGUGUGUUGGGCACCGUGCAAGGCGCUGCCCCGGAGGCCGGGUGACGACCUGCGCUCGGGGACAGAGCAGAAGAGAGCUGGACCCGCGCCCCGGCUGUGGAACCCCGAGAACUCGCUUUAACCUCUCCCAGCCCCUCCCCCCCAAGUGUGUUGGGAGCCCCUGGGACACAAACACCCGUCCCUCAGGAGCGCGGCCGCCCAGGGCCCUGAGGGUCACGCGUCGGGGGGCUCCCCGAGGAAGAACGUGGGCAAGGCCGUUCCAUACCCAGAGGGAUGGUACAGGCCACUCUUUCCGGACCUGCGGGCGUGCCAGGGAGGGCCUGGGGGGUAGGGGGUCUGUCCCUCCAGGCCCCUUACCCCCCAGCUCCUCCCUCACCCCCCCACCAUGGUCUUGGCAUCGCCACCUUCAUGAGCUGAGGGGUCCUGGGGAGCUGGGUCCGGAGGAGGAGGGAUUGGCUAAGGUCAGGUGCGGGAGGUGCAAGGCGGGUGUGCCCCGCAGGAGAAGCUCCUCUCGGGGUGUGAGUCCCCGUGUCUUCGAGGAGGAGUCGUGUGGAACAGACGACCCGGCGGGGGCCCUUUAGAGAAGUCGCUUACUUCUGGAAGGCUGGUUUCAGGUGGGCCAAGGACGUUCAGACUGGGCCUCAGAGACAAGCCAGGUGGGUUGUAUUCCGCUGGGCAGCCAUAGGCCGAGGGAAGGCAGAGGCCAGAGACUCCAGUGUGGGAAGGGGUGAGGUGUCGGGGAAUAACGUCAGCUCACAGGACAGAACCUUCUGGGUGCUGGGCUCCUUUGAAGCUCGCGUACGUUAAUGCGCGUCAUCUUUAGGAGCACCAUAUGAGGUGGGUAACUGUAGUGUCCUGACCUCACAGACGGGCAAACUGAAAGACAGAGACGCUGAUAACUUCCCUGAGGUCACACAGCUCAUAGGUGGUGAAGCCGGAAUCUGGAGCUAGGCCGUCGGUUCCGGAGUCUUGAUGUCACCACUGUAGCAUCCUUUCCUGCUGUUCCCAGGAAGCAUCAAUGACUCCUGGGCCGGGCUGGGGGCCACCAGGGACCCAGACAUGUGAGACCAUUCUGGAAAGGAUCUCUGCGGGCCAGGGCAGCUGUUGGGAUGUGGAGGGAAGGUGGGGCUGUCUGGUCGGCAUCGUCCGGAGCCCAGGCAGGAGUGGGGGCGGUGGAGAGGCCUGCGGGUGGAGGGCUCGCUCUCCCCGGCCCUUCCGGCCCCGGGGGGGUCGGGGCUCAGGGUGCGGGCUGUCAGGCGCUCCACCCGGAACUCAGGAUGCCAGGACUUUAGGACUCACUUCCUGCUCGACUGUUCUGUGGUCUUGGCUGUAGCUCCGCUGCCCCUCGUACCCGGUCCCUGCCUAUCGCUGUUCCCAGCCUCUCCAUCCGGUGUACGAACUACUGAAUUUCCUUCCAAUAAACCUUCUCUGUUUUA